AUCAUCUUAGCUAACACAACUCUCUCUCUCUCUUCCUACUACUUUCUUUUUUUGCCCCUUCUCUUUUCUCUUUUUCUUUUUUAAAAUAUCAACCCCUUUGGGCCUAAUUAAUUCCCUAAACAUACAUACAUACAUGCAUUGUUUUUAGUCACCUUCGAGUUGAGGAACACAUGUUUGUCACCAUGCCCAAUUUCACUUCUUUCUAAGUGUGUGUGUCUACAUAGAUUUGUUUUACAUAUAUUUGAGGCUCCAAGAGGAUUGAUCACCACCACCAUGUUGCAGGAUGUUAUCCACCCCCCAACAUCGGCUGAGAAACUCCCCAUUGAUGAGAUUUCAAGCCCAAUUAGUGCUCGAAUUUUCGAACUUUGUGGCCCUGAAUUUUUCCCAGAGACACUGCAAAAUACUGAGGUUACCUCCAGCUCAAAUUGUUGCCAUGAAGAGAAGUCCUCAUAUGCCACAACCAUAUCACCACCUUUAGAAGUAGACAACAAUAAGAUCAGUAUCAAUAGCAAUAGCAACAUAGUCACCACCUCAUCUAGUACUAAUACAGCCAGCACCACGACUACCACCACCACCAACAUCGUCAACAACAAUAACAACAACAACGCAACAAAUAACAAUAACCUCUCUAUCUUCUUUGACUCUCAAGAUGACAUUGACAAUGACAUCUCAGCCUCCAUAGACUUCUCAUCCUCUCCAUCUUUUGUUGUUCCAUCACUUCUCCCAAUCACAACUCAGCAGGAGCAGUUUGAUUUCUCCACAGCUCAGCCACAGGUGCAGCUAUCAGCAGCAGGUUCAGUUUUGAAGGGCCUCUCUCAGUACCCUACUGACCCUGUGGUUGCACCCCUUAUGGGGGCUCCAUUACCAUCUGUAUUUGAUGAUGAUUGCAUAUCUUCCAUCCCUUCUUAUGUGCCUCUCAACCCUUCUUCUCCCUCUUGCUCUUAUCUCAAUCCUGGCAUAGGAGUGUACAUGCCUCCUGGUUCCCUCAACACUGCCUUAUCUGCUGACAGUUCUGGAUUGUUAUGUGGGAACAUUCUUCUGGGAUCUGAACUACAGGCACAAGACCUUGACUACCAGGGAGAAAAUGGUGGAAUAUAUUGCACAGAUUCAAUUCAGAGGGUGUUUAACCCACCAGACCUUCAGGCUCUUGGUACUGAGACUCAGAAACUUGUAACUGGGGCUGGGAGUUCUGCCACUUUGGCACCAGAAAUCUCACACUUGGAGGACUCUACCUUGAAGGUUGGAAAACUUUCUGUCGAGCAGAGGAAGGAAAAGAUUCACAGAUACAUGAAGAAGAGAAAUGAAAGAAAUUUCAGCAAGAAAAUCAAGUAUGCUUGCCGCAAAACUUUGGCAGAUAGCAGGCCCCGGGUAAGAGGAAGGUUUGCAAAGAAUGAUGACUUUGGAGAGAGCCAUAGACAAGGAAGUAGCAAUCAUGAAGAAGAUGAUGAAGAAAUAAUUGUGAAAGAAGAUGAGGAUAUGGUUGAUUCCUCAGAUAUCUUUGCCCAUAUCAGUGGGGUGAACUCAUUCAAAUGCAACUAUUCCAUCCAGUCCUUGAUUUGAGUUAAUUAAUUAAUAGUUUGACUAGUGGCUUAUCUAUAUUUAGCUUCUGUAGAUUAAUUUUGGCAGGGCUCUUUCCCUGGAUAUAUGGUUUGAGGAAGCUGAAUAAUUGGGGUCCAAGUAUUAUACCAAUAAGUGAACUGAGUUAGGAACAUACAGAUAUUAGAAUCUGUAUACAUUUUUGCAGAUAUUAUUAUCUUUUUCGUUGCUUUGUAAGUUGUAAUAGAACUUGAAGUUUAUUAUUAACCAAGAAAAAUUCCAGUUGUCCCCA